GACUUCGACUCCGCCACCAUCGGCUGUCCGGACAAUACAAUGAACCCUCCCCCAAGGCCAGCAUCCAUCAUGUCAUCGCUCCCUUCUCCAUUCCUCCCUGCGUCGAACAAUCCGCUACCAAACAUCAACACGACACCCGGCGGCUGAACCUCUGCGCCUCGAUUGUGGCAUUGGUCCAUAGUAGCACUGCGCCAUUAUGGUGAUACUGGGAGGGCUGGAGAUUGUCGUCGGCGGCGUCCUGAUCCAUCACUACCACAAGAAGCACAAGAAGCAGAAACGACUGAAGCAGCAGGAGGAAGAGCAAAGUCUUCAAACAGAGGCACGCCGACGCAACAGCUACCCAGGCCCUCAGUCCUCAAACCCCCAGAUUCCCCAACCUCAGCAAAAGUCCGCAUAUCCAUAUCGCUCGCCCCCUCAGUAUGGCUCUCCGCAGCAGCAGCAGCGCCACCCGCGAUUCCAUAUUGCGCGCCAGCAUGACCGGUCCCAACACCAACCUGUGUCACGCCCGAAAACCCAGCUAGGCGACCGACCGCCUGUUGAGCCUCUCCGACGGCAAGACUCGUUCGCGACGAUACGGGAUGUUCCGGAUGGCCCACGAUACACGGGACGCCAGGCUAACCCACCUUCUCAGCGAGCUCAACACCUCGCACCCUCUCCAUCUCGAAGCAUCAGGUUUAGCCGGUCCGUCCCUUCGUUCGAACGUGCGACGAUGCCCCCACAGAUGGGUCCUCACCAACGAAACGGUGGUCCGAUCGUAGACGGGAAUCGGGAUACUCAUGCACCUCUUGCCGUAACGACUACACGAUAUGAUGAUGACGACGAUCCGCCGCCCCCGUAUGAGCCUUGAUGCAUCGUCGGGGGUGGGGGGAAAGAAUAUAAAUGGACGCGUGCGACAUAUGAUAUCUAAAUGCAGGGCUUCAGGGCUUUUUGCCUCAUAUGGUUUAUUUGGUUCAACAUGUUCCUCAAAACUGUUUUCUUCAACUUUCUAUUAUUUCUCCCUGUUCGAGCGUGGAGGCAUUAUGAUGCAAUAUUUAUUUCAACAUGCUCCUCAAGCUUUCCCUCUAACCUUUUUGCUAGCCUUUCGUACUCGAGCAUGGAGGCAUUAUGGUAAUUUGACAACUUGUUUUCUCUUCAUUUCUUCUCUCGAUUUUCUUUCUCUUCUCCUUUUCCUCUUUUCCUUUUCAAUUUUUUUUAAUUUAUUAUACCAGGGUAUGUCUGUAGCAAAUACUGAGUGGCAAGCUUAACAAAAAGCAUUUCCAUUACUACGUCAAGUUCCUGCUUCAAAAGACCCGUUACGCCCUUGUGACAACAUGAUGCUGUGUAGCCCG